CGCACAAUGCCUAUGCCUCUCUGAAUCACAGCAGCAACAGCAACAGCAACAGCAACAGCAAAACCAACAACAACGACAGCGACAACAACAACAACAAUGUCAGCAUGCCGCAGAGUGGGAAAACAGCAGGCGGACUGCUAGGGCCGGGAGGAGGCCUCGUCGGGAACGACCACCAACUACCAUCGGCUUCCUUGUCAGCGCCGGGGUCGACCAUCCCGGGAGAGGCUCAACAAUCUUAUUACGGCGCCAGCCCGAGGAGAGCGGCGCACGAGCGCGUGCCGUCGCUGCAGAACUACCUGCCUCAACAGCCGCAGUACAAAGAAUCGCCAUAUUCGGCCACCGCGACGCCAUCAUACAACGUCCAGAGCGUGAUCCCUUCCAACGCCGGCCCAUCUUCGUCUGGAGGCAGUGGGGGUGUAGGAGCAGCAGCAGCAGCAGCAGCAGGAGGAGGAGGAGGACUGCCUGGAGCACUUCAACCAGCGGGAGGCUCGCGACCACCAGUGUUCACAGCGUACACCGCCCCGACGACGAUCCCCACCAUGCAGUCUCAGCCGCUGCAGAACAAUGCCUCGCAGUACGCGCCGCCCUCUCGAACAAAUACCCUCCAUAGUCACUCGCGAAGUAGCCCCAGCGUCGGGACGAUAGAGGGCGCCUCCAAAUAUAUACCUUUCAACCAGACGCCCGCUCAGACACCGACGACGUCCAAUCCGAAAGCAUACAACCUUUCCAAUGCGCAGACACCCUCCCAAGGCGCCGGGCCUUCACACAGUCCUCUGAACCUCACAGACAUUCGAUCGCGGGCGAUAUCAGAUGCGAACGAGGGACCCCAGGGCACAGCCUUUAUCAGCUACUCUGAGCAGCCCACGAAUUCCAAUUACCUCGCGCCUUUCCCUACCUAUGCCUUUGACUGGUGCAAAUGGCCGGUGCAGGGCAGUGGAGCUGGCAAGAUAGCCGUGGGCAGCUAUUUGGAAGAUCCGCACAAUUUCAUACAGAUCCUGGACACCCACAUCACUCCGCAGGACGUGAACGCUCCAGGACAAGCACCAUAUGGAAUUGAGUACAGCAAAGCGGCCGAGGCCACAUGCGCGUAUCCAGUAACGAGGAUACUCUGGGAGCCUCCCAGCUCGCAGAAGUCGAGCACGGAUCUGUUAGCAACCAGUGGAGACCAUCUGCGGUUAUGGAGCUUACCAGCACCUUCUACACCACACUCAUCACAUAUCAACAGAAGCGCUUCUGUCAAUAUCCGAGAUCCCGCGCCGCAGAAGCUACAACCCUUGGCGCUGCUCUCGAAUAGCAAAACGCCCGAGCAUACGGCUCCUCUAACGUCGCUGGACUGGAAUACACUCUCUCCCAAGCUGAUCAUAACCUCGUCCAUUGAUACUACAUGUACAAUAUGGGAUAUACCAACCCUGACAGCGAAGACCCAGCUGAUUGCGCACGAUAAGGAAGUAUUUGACGUGCGGUUUUGCGCAGGUUCAGUGGACGUCUUUGUAUCAUGCGGAGCAGACGGCAGCGUGCGCAUGUUUGAUUUGAGGAGCCUGGAGCAUUCGACGAUCAUCUACGAGCCGGCUGAGAAAGCAGACAAGGCAUCAUCACCCUCUGCUUCAUCGCCUUCCAAAUCACACAUGCCAGCAGCCCCGCCUCUAUUACGACUCGCCGCCUCCCCACACGAUGCGCAUCUCCUGGCAACCUUCGCCUCGGACAGCAACAUAAUCCGCAUACUGGACGUUCGUCAGCCCGGCACUGCCCUCCUAGAACUUCGUGGUCAUCAAGGAAAUCUGAACACCAUCGAAUGGAACCCCAGCCGAAGAGGCAUGUUGGCUUCUGGUGCAGACGACAGCACAGUGCUAAUUUGGGAUUUGUUGAAUUCCCAGAAUCAAGCUACUGUAUCAACCAUGAACGGCAAUGGGACAGAGCAAGCUCCCUCUUCUGGGAAGGGACCCUUUGCGAGCUGGAAAUGUGAAUAUGAGGUUGCAAAUGUUUCUUGGGCGCCACAAAGUCAACUUACCAAUCAAGGAGGCGAUUGGUUGGGUGUUUGCGCAGGACGGGGCGUUUGGGGUGUAAAGAUAUGAUUAUUGCGUAUGUCGUAAAACGGAAAGUGAUGCGACUCUGCAUGGUGGCGGUUCAGCGGGCUCUGAUGAACGGAUGUCAUGACAGAAGAACAAAAUAUUAUCAAAGGAAAUCGAGCGAGCGAGUAAGCGAGCAAGCAAGCGUGGAGAUGAGGUUCUUGCAUGAGAUACCAUUAUAUCUCACUGCGUAUUUCGAAAUAGAAGAGAAAGAGAAGGAGAAGAAGAAGGAAAGAGAAGAGGAUAUAUGUAUCUUCUUUUAACUAAAACAAACCAAAUCUGUUUGUAACUCA